AUGGCAGAAGAAAAUACUGAAAACAAACCUAUUCAAAGAUGGGUUCCUCUUGAAGCUAACCCAGAGGUCUGGAAUGAGAUUAUUCAUAAAGCAGGCGUUGAUCCCAAGUACAACUAUGUUGAUGUCCUGGGCCUUGACCCUGAAUUGUUGGCCAUGGUGCCUCCAAAUGUAGAGGCUGUCGUCUUUUUAUUUCCCAUUACAGAGGCAUACGAAAAGUUUAAGGAUGAAGAAGAGGCUCAUUUGAUCAAGUUGGAGCAAAGCAUUAGCCCCGAUGUUGUCUUUUUCAAGCAGACAAUCGCCAACGCGUGCGGCAUGAUUGCAUUGUUGCAUUCUGUAGCAAGCAAUGACAAUGAAAUUGUCGGUCCUGGUUUGUUCAACGACAUUAUUGAAGAGGCCAAAAAUAUGUCUGUCGAAGAACGUGUGGAGUUGUUGGAGAAUUCAAAAGAGUUGGCUCAGUUGCAUGCCUCUGCUGCUAUUGAGGGUCAAACAGCGGCUCCUUGUAGCGAUGAUUCCAUUGAUCUACAUUUUAUCUGCUUCAUCGAGGAAGAUCAACAUUUGUACGAGCUGGAUGGAAGAAAGCUGUUUCCCAUUAACCAUGGAAAGUGCACAAAUCUUGUCGAGAGUGCUGCCAAGGUCAUGAAGCAAUACAUGGCAAGAGACCCUAAUGAAACUAACUUCAGUGUCAUGGCACUGUGCAAGACUGAAGAUUAG